CCCCCAAAAUUUCCAUUUUGUCCAAAGCAGCAAUUCCAGUUAUUUUAUCCCUGUUUGGCAGCCCCAGUGGGAAGAAGUUCCGCAGCAAGCCGCAGCUGGCUCGCUACCUCGGCAAUUCCGUGGAUCUGAGCUCCUUCGAUUUCCGCACGGGGAAGAUGAUGCCCAGCAAGCUGCAAAAGAACAAACAACGCCUGAGGAACGACGCCCUCAACCCCAACAAGGGGAAGCCGGACCUGAACACGGCGCUGCCCAUCCGGCAGACGGCGUCCAUCUUCAAACAGCCGGUAACCAAGGUAACCAAUCACCCCGGCAACAAGGUGAGGAGCGACCCCCAGCGCCUGACGGAGCAGCCCCGGCAGCUUUUUUGGGAGAAGAGGCUGCAGGGGUUGAGCGCUUCGGAUGUCAGCGAGCAAAUCAUCAAAUCCAUGGAGCUGCCCAAGGGAUUGCAAGGUGUGGGUCCCGGGGCGAGCCGGGAAUCGCUGCUUUCGGCCGUGGCCAGCGCUCUGCAUAGCGGGAACGCGGGAAUGGGACGAGAAAAAUCCUGGAAUUGUGUGGGUCCCGGGGCGAGCCGGGAAUCGCUGCUUUCGGCCGUGGCCAGCGCUCUGCACUCGGGUUCCGCUCCCAUCACGGGCCAGAAUUCCCUGGCCGUGGAGAAAAAUCCCGGGAUUUGGUUGAACACGGCUCAGCCGCUCUGCCGCGCCUUCGUGGUCACCGACGACGACAUCCG